AUGGAUUCCACCGCUGCCAUUCGAUCCUUUCGAUAUCCCAUAGGCACAAUGUCAAUUAUGCAAUCCUCAAUUCAGAAGCCAGGUAUAAUUCCCAUCCACAAUAUCGGACGGAGCUCUCAAAGUAGGCUUUUCAUCAAGAGCUUAGCAAUUGGUGAGAAGCGCAUUAAUUCUCACACCAUAUGGAAGCGAACACUAGUGUCAUAUGCAAAAACAGCUGAGGCUAUUGACAUCACCAAGUGUGAGGUUUCUUUGGAGAAAAAGCCUUUGCGAACUGCUAUAUUUCCUAAUGGAUUUGAGGCUUUGGUAUUAGAGGUGUGCGAUGAGACUCAAAUCGCGGAAAUGAAAGUAAAGGUAGGAGAGUUUGAGAUGCAUAUGAAGCGAAACAUUGGAGUAGCAAAAGCUCCUGUGUCCAACAUUUCCCCAACUACACCGCUGCCUGUCCCAAAUAAGCCUAUGGUUGAAUCAGCGCGUUCUAACCCACUACCAUCACCACCGAAAUCAUCUCCUAAAAAGGCCAAUCCAUUUGAAAAUGUUUCUGUAGAGAAGUCAUCAAAGUUGGCAGCGUUGGAAGCUUCUAGUACCAAUACCUAUGUCUUAGUGACAUCUCCUACGGUUGGUUCAUUCCGAAGAGGUAGAACAGUGAAAGGGAAGAAGCAACCUCCUAUCUGUAAAGAGGGCGAUGUCAUCAAAGCAGGGCAAGUUAUAGGGUAUUUGGAUCAAUUUGGCACUUCACUUCCUGUUAAGUCAGAUGUGGCUGGAGAAGUGCUGAAGCUACUGAUUCAGGAUGGAGAGUCUGUUGGUUAUGGAGACCCUCUUAUUGCUGUCUUACCGUCAUUCCAUAAUAUCAAGUGAGCUAGCCUUUCCUAUUGUUGAUG